AUGGCGAGGUUCAUCUAUUACAUAGAGCCGGGUACAGAAGGCUCCUCACAGACCAUAUCGAAGGGGAAGUUACCCGUUAGAUACAGGAAUGUUUUAAAACGUGAGAGAGAGCUGGCUGGAGUGAGUUCCAGAGCAGGACGGCAUCCUAAAACUCAAAACAACAACAAUCCUUAUGCAAAUGUAACCGGUGUGGUUCUCACACAAGAAAUUAAAGAUGCUUACCUGUGGCUAGAGACAAAUUCUAUUUUUGAUGACUGGCCUUUACUGAAAUUGAAGUGGCGUUUGUCUGCCCCAAAGAGACUUCAAGAGUUAUACCAUGACGAGGGUGAAGCCAUUGCUAAUUACGUUACUAAGUGGCCUGUACUGAAACACCCCUCAGGAUUUUCUCUUCUGGAGUUGGACUUCAACUGCAUCUACCCGGACAAGGAGCUUAGUCUUUUAACAAAUUGGGGUCUUUUUGUUGAAACUAUAAUUCAACUUGGGCAAGACGUGACAGACCCAGUGGCAAAGGAUUGCUAUGCUCUUGCACAAACUGUGACAAAUCCUGGAAGCAAGGGAGUCUUGGCCCUGAACAUUUUACCUGCACUCUGCCCACCAACCACCAAGGUCAAAGGAGUUGCUAAACGACGGCUACUUGUUUCAAACAGUCGAGCUGGGCUCUUGCUGCAUGUAACUGGCACUGCAGCUAUUGCCGAACAGCUCAAAGAGAGGAGAGAGAUCUUGUACGCAGAGAAUAAGAAGUCACAGCCCUUUCUGGUGGUAGUUGGACCAAAUUUGGCAAGCAUCAAGGAAUUUUAUGUUGACGUUUCUGGUAUUCUCUACCGAAUUAACUCUUUAGCUAAGGCUGUAGACGUUUGCUUUAAAGCAAUUAUUGCUUUGCAUGCUGAUUAUCCACCAGAAUCACAAAAACCUUGGAUGAUGAUUCAGCGGGUACUGUAUAACAUCACUGCUGAUUGGGAUUCUGAGGUUCCACAUGAGCUCAUAUCUUCCUAUAAUGCCUUAUGCCAGAACUAUUGUCGACAAUCACCACUUUGUGCUGGGAUCUUAUUUGACAGUCUACAAAAUUUCAUGAAGCAUUUACGUAGGAAACAUGGAGGUGACAUGGGUGGUGCUCCUUUAGAUGAGUUACAUGUUGCUAAUGAAAUUAAUCCAGCUCAGAUUCAGAUUGAACAGGAGUUAGAACAGGAGGUUGAGGCUGAAGUGAUUAAUGAUCCAGUUCACUUUGACACUUUUGCUAAAGCUGUGUAUGAUGCCAGUUUGAUGUUUACAGCUAAAUUGUACAGUAAGGACACCAUUCCAAGGUCUACUGUUCAAGAAGUUGUUAACUAUACUCAGGAUUUUUUAAGUGGAUUUGUUUCUCUUUUAAAGCAGAAAGUUUGUCACACUUUUUCUCAAUUAGAUGACCUUGAUGAACACAUUAUUCAGGAAGUUGAUGAAUUAAAGGCUUUCUUUCAAGUUCUGGAGAGCCCCUUUGAGGAGCUGGACACAGAAACAAAACGCAUUGCUUGCUUGGUUGAUGCCAAGGUUUUUGUUCCUCCAGAAAAAUAUUUUAUUGACAGCAGAGUAGCUCCUGUGCAAAGAAAAGGAAUUAUGUACAUGGAAAUGGUACCAGCAUAUGGACAGUUUGUAAGGUUGCGUUCAACAUUGAAAUUAUUUUUAGAACUUCCGGGUGUUUUUGAUAAAAUAAUGGAGAAUCUUACAAAUCUCACUAAUGACAAGGAAGUUAUUUCCAAUUUUGUACAGGGAGAGCUGUGGAAUAAACUAUCCGAACCUUAUGAAGCAGAGGGUAAAAUUGUUCUACCUUUGUUUGCUUUUAAUGAUGAUUAUGAAUCUAAUAAUGGAUUAGGUUCUCAUGCAGGGGACGACAAAGUAAGUGCUAUUUACUACAAAAUCCCUUGCAUGCCUAAGGAAUUUCUCUCUGUUUUAAGAUAUAUAUUUGUUGCGGCUUUGUUUUAUGCCAAUGAUAGGAAAGAUUAUGGAAACAGAAAAACUCUAGAGCCAUUAAUCCAGGAGUUAAAAUUUCUGGAAACAGAGGGAAUCCUUGUAAAUUUACCAGAGAGAACUGUGAGGGUGUAUUUUGUACUUGGACUAAUUUUAGGUGACAGUCUAGGACUUAACAUACUACUUGGCUUUGUUGCAUGUUUUGUGGCAAACCAUUCAUGUCGUACAUGUAGAAUUCAUAGAGAUGAUCUCCAUUUUCAGCUGGAGGAUAGUGAUCCACUGUUACGCAAUAGGGAAAAUUAUGCAGCUGACGUUGCUUUAGAUAAUUAUAAUCGCACUGGAGUGAAAGAGGAAUGUGUUUUUAAUGACCUGCAAUCCUUCCAUGUCACCCAAAAUGUUUGCGGGGACCUCUUACAUCAGUUUGAAGAAGGCGUAUGUGCCUAUUCUUUACCAUUGAUAUUGUAUUGGCUUAUUCGUAUUAGGCAGUAUUUAUCACAUGAUGUAUUUAUUGUAAGAGUUGGUGCGUUCCAGUUGGGUCCACAUGAAAGUGGCAACAAGCCCUCUCUCACGAAGUUGGGUGAAGACAAACUAACAGCAACAAAAUUUAAUUUGUCUGGUGCAGAAAGUCUUUGCCUAACAAGAUAUCUUGGAGAAAUGAUAGGUGACCUUAUUCCUGAAGAUGAGCCAGUAUGGGAAUAUUACCUUGUCUUACGUGAUUUGCUUGAUAUUUUGUAUGCCCCUAGCUUUCCCCGUGGUACUGAUGUUUUUCUCAGAAACAAAGUUCGAGAGCACCAUGAAUUGUACAUAGAAACAUUUAAUGAGCACCUAAAGCCUGUGCAUCAUGCACUUCUCCACUAUUGGAGAUAUGUUAAGGCUGUAGGGCCACUGGUGCAUACAUCUACAUCAAGGUAUGAAAGUAAAAAUAGAGAAGGCAAAAUAGCUGCCUACUCUACUGAGUCAAGAGUAAAUAUUAUUGUUACUCUCAUGAUUAAAAAUCAACUCAAAAUGUCUUAUCAGUUUCUUCUAAAAAAUCAUUUUGACUUAAACUUUGUAAGUGGUAAACGGUCUCACUGCCCUGCGAGAAUCGUUCCACACUUUGACGCGUUUUCUGUAAAUCUCAACAUUCUAGAAAAUGAAAGGGUUGCCUGUUUAAAGUUUGUUGAAUAUGGUGGUACAAAAUACUUUAUUGACAGUGUUGUAGUUUAUGGAAUCACAGAAGAUGCACCAAAAUUUGGUAAAAUUGAGUCCAUUUUAAUUCAUGGGAACUCUCAACUUACUUUUAUUUUGCAAGACUUCAAUGUUCUAGCAUUUAAUAAUCAUUUUUCGGCUUAUGAAGUCAUAGAAAAUGGUGAAAUUUUGUGUAGGCAUCCAGCCCAGCUCAGUAACCACCAGCCUCUUUGGCUGCGCUAUGGAAUAAGAAAUGGAGUAAAGUUUGUUUCCUUGCGCAAUGCAUUAUAA